AGGAGAGCUACUGCUGAGUUGUUUGUCUUUCUAUCCUAGAAUUCAUCAAACUAGUUUAGAAAGCAACAUCAACAAAAAAAUGGUCAACUACGAAACAAUUGGUCGUUUUUUUUGGUAGUCUAAUUAUUGUAUUCAUUUCAUGGAGAACAGUUCCUUAUGCCCCUCUGAAUAUAAUGGGCUCAAACCCUACUGUCAAGCGUCCACCAAAUUGACCAUCCCUUUUCAUCAGAGAUGGGAUACAUUUACAGGGAAGCAGCCACCGUGUGUCACGUGGUGGCGAUGCCCUAUCCAGGUCGAGGCCACAUCAACCCCAUGAUGGAACUAUGCAUGUCACUUGUUAGAAGAAAAGAUGACAUCCGUGUUACUUUUGUAGUCACUGAAGAGUGGCGAAGUUUCAUCGGUUCUGAUCCUAAGCCUGAUCAAAUAAGCUUCAGCACUGUUGCCAAUGUUGUCCCGUCUGAGCUAGUUCGCGCUAGCAACAUGCUAGAGUUCUUUGAAGCGCUCAUGACAAGCAUGGAAGCUCUGUUUGAGCGAUUUUUGGAUCAUCUUGUGCAUCCGCCGGCUGUCAUAAUAACUGAUACAUAUCUGCUCUGGGCUGUCAGGGUCGGGAAUAGGAAGAAUAUUCCAGUGGCCUCAUUUUGGCCUAUGUCAGUUAAUGUGUUUUUAAUGUUUCAUUAUUUGGAUCUUCUCAGGGAAAAUGGACAAUUCCUGGUGGAUUUGUUAGAGAGAGGGUAUGAACGUGCGGACUACAUUCCAGGAGUUUCUUCAACAAGCCUGGUGGAUUUCCCUUCCUUCAUUAAUGGGAGCAACCCAUACAUGUUGGGUCGGAUCGUGGAGGUAUUCUCAUGGGUGCCUAAAGCACAAUAUCUUUUAUUCCAUUCCAUCUAUGAGCUCGAACCCCAGGCCAUUGAUGCUAUAAAAGCAGGAUUCUCCUUUCUUGUCUAUACUGUUGGUCCUUCAAUACCGUACUCGAAACUUCAAGAUGGAUCUCAUGCGAUGACCGCACAUGGUGACAUUGACUACUUGAGAUGGUUAGAUGACCGACCUAGUAAAUCCGUUCUGUACAUUUCCAUGGGGAGCUUUCUUUCAUUUUCCAGUGCCCAAAUGGAUGAAAUUGCUGGCGGUUUGCAUGAUAGCGGUGUUCGAUACUUAUGGGUGGCUCGUGGAGAAACUUCUAGGUUGAAAGAGGUUUGCGGUGAUAAGGGAUUAGUAGUGCCCUGGUGUGACCAGCUGAGGGUGUUGUGCCAUCCAUCUGUAGGAGGAUUUUGGACGCAUUGUGGGUGGAAUUCUGUUCGAGAAGGUGUUUUUGCAGGUGGUCCUUUCCUCACUUACCCAAUUUCUGCAGAUCAACGCCCCAACAGCAAGUUAAUCGUGGAGGACUGGAAGGUUGGCAGGAGAGUGGAGAAAGAGUAUAGGCUUGAAAAUCUUGUGAGAAGGGAGGAAAUUGGAGGACUUGCGCGGGAUUUUAUGGAUUUGGAUAGCAAUGAAGGAAAAGAGAUGAGGAGGGUAGUGAAAGGAUUUCAGGAGAUAUGCCAACAAGCAAUCUCCAAAGAUGGAUCAUCUGAAACCAGCAUCAAAUCCUUCAUCAGGGAAAUCAGCAUUGGUCAUUUGUCAUGUUCUUAGGUUCUAUCAACUAUGAAUGAAUACAUUUUUUUUUGGUAUGAAACUACGAAUGAAUACUUGAAGCAUGUGCCAUUUGUUUUCUGGAAUAAAUGUUAACUGGAAAUUCAUUCACA